AUGAAGCAUUGCUCCCCCUGCUCCAUGCUCUGCCCGCUGGCCUUCCUGCUUUUCCUGCAGCUGCCCACCAUGGGGUCCAUAGAGGAGUUCAUGGUGAUUGGACCCUUGGACCCUAUUAUUGCUGUGGUGGGAGAUAACAUCAAACUGCCCUGUCGUCUGUUCCCGGCUAUGAAUGCAGAGAACAUGGAGUUGAGGUGGUUCCGCUCUAAGCAAUCAGAAGCUGUAUACAUCUACCAAAAUCACGGGGAGGAGACGGAGGAGCAGCUGGCCCAAUACACAGGGCGGACCUCCCUGGAGACAGAUCUCCUUUCCCAGGGGCAGUGUAACAUGCACAUUCACAAGGUCCAGAUUUCAGAUGCUGGAAGGUAUAUCUGCUACUUCAGGAAGGAAGGCUUCUCUAAAGAAGCUGGUUUGGAGCUGAAGGUGGAAGGUGUGAAUUCUGGCCCCCAGGUGCACAUCACAGGGCCCGAGGAGGACGGGUACGUGGUGUGCAGGGCGGCCGGCUGGUUCCCCAAGCCUCAGGUGCAGUGGCGAGACUCCAGCGGGGGGAAGUCUCUGGCCUUCUCAGAGACCCACACCCAGGACCCUGAGGGGUUGUUCAGCGUGGAGGCGGUGCUGGUGGUGAGAGACAGCGCCGUGGGGAACAUGACAUGCUCCAUCCUCAACCCCAUCAUGGACCAGGAGAAGGCCAUGGCCGUUUUCAGCCCAGAGCCCUUCUUCCCCAAGUCCUCUCCGUGAAAGCUGGUCUGUGUGUUGUGUGUGACCUUGCUAACGUUCCUGGUCCUUGGUGCUGCCUAUUACACCUGGAGAGAACAUUCUAUAAAGGUGCAGGAGAGGCAGCAAGGAGAGAAGCUGUGCCAGGAGUGGGAGGAGGAUGAGCAAGCAAAGAGGGCGGCACUGAAGGCUAUAGAUGAACUGCAGACAAAUUUAGAUCAGAGGAAGGCUGAGUACUUGGCUGGGCCUGUCACUCUGGAUCCAGGAUCUGCCAGUCCUGGAAUUGUUGUCUAUCAGAAGAAUACAAGUCUGACCUUGAAGGAUGCUACUUCAGCAUCAGGAGACAUACAUAGCAUCUUAGGCCUUGAGGGCAUCACAUCAGGGCGCUGUUGCUGGGAGGUGGAAAUCAGGAAAGGAGACAGAAGCCUUUGGGCUCUGGGGGUCUGUAGAGAAAAUGUGAAAAGGACAGGCUGGUACCAAGAGUCUCCACACAAGGGGUUCUGGGUUGCGGGGAAUUCUGAAGACGGAUUUAAAGCUUUUACUACUCCUUUUACUGCUCUGUUCCUUCGUCAGGUUCCCCACAGUGUGGGGGUUUUCCUGGACCCUGAGAAAGUGGAUGUCUCCUUCUAUAACAUGACAGAUGGCUCCCACAUUUUCUCCUUCUCUCAGACUUCCUUCUCUGGCACCCUAUUUCCGUACUUUAUGAUUUAUUCAGGAGAUGUGUCCCUGUCCAUCUGCUCCGUGGUGGGUGGGCCUGAGCUCCCUGUGCCCAUUAAGAGUUUUCCUUUUUCUCAGGAGGAGCCUGUGAGCUCACACUCUGGUGUUGAUGGCGCUCCCCCAGGGCCCAAAUCUCCAUUACUCGGCUGA